AUGCAAUCCUGUAUUAUGGACGGUUCUGAUCUCAAUAUAACAGUGAUAAAUAAAUUAAUCGCGCAAUGGGCAUUUAAGGAAGCCGCACUUAAGAAGGCCGAGCAAGCACUUAAGAAGGCCGAGCAAGCUGCCACUGAGAAAGCUAACUUUAUCGUCCUCAAUCAUGAAGAUGAAAUUUGCAUCGAAACCUUAAUUCCUCUUGGGUUAGAAGCCAACGUUGUCAAAAAUCUUCAAGGUGCCGAGAUGUAUACUUGCACUUGCCUGAUGGUGAAAACAAAGAAGGACCUCUGUAAAAUUGAGGGUUUAUCUAAUACAGAUGACAGUAUUUGGACAAUCACUACCGAAAUGAAGUCUAGAAACGUUUAUGGAGUACCUUACUCCUACGCUGAUAGUAAGACAGUUACUGCUUACAAGUCUUACUCCGCUCUUCUCUCGAGUAAGAAGGGAGAAAGAGAUGAAAAUAAAGGAAACCGAGGUAAGAAAAGCAAGAGCAGAGUCUGCUAA